ACACUGCAUCAUAGCAAAAAGGUGAGACAAGUGUUUAAAAGACAGACACACACAUGUUGAAAGACUGAACAGGACACAGAACUACAACUGUAAGAAUAUUUAAAAAGUAAAUGAAGAUGUGGAUUGCUCUCCAUUUAGCAGCCCUGGCUGCCAUGGCGUAUGCCCAGACAGACUGCUCCAGGGGGGCCUGCUACCCCCCUACAGGUGACCUGCUCCUGGGCCGCGGCCAGCUGCUCCACGCCUCCUCCACCUGCGGUCUGACGGGCAGUGAAGUCUUCUGCUCUCCCUUUCAACUGUGGAAAAUGAAGUGCUGUCCAUGUGACUCUCGCAACUCUUUGAGUAGUCUGGCCCACACUGUGCAGAACGUUCUGUCCACUGCAGGACCCAAACGCUGGUGGCAAUCUAAGAAAGAUGCAAACCCAGUAACGCUUCAUUUGGACCUUCAGAACCUUUUUCAGCUGGAGACCUUGGUUCUGAACUUCAAGGGUCCUCGUCCCAGCGCCCUUGUUGUGGAACGGACUUUAGAUAACGGACAAACAUGGCAACCGGCCCUCUACAUGGCCAGCAACUGCCGUUCAGCAUUUCCUGAUGUCACCACUACAGCACCUCGCACAUUGGACCAGACCUAUUGCUACUCUAUGUCUCCAGUGUCAGCAAACCCCUACCAGGACCAGAUGAUCCAGUUCAGUCCUUUGCGUCAGUUUUCUGCUGUUAGAGUUCCCAAUUGGCAGAAGAUCGAAGAGGUGUCUGGAUGGACAGGACUAAGGGUCAGGUUGACAGAACUGGGGCCUGUGCCCCGUCUCCAAGGCCGAGCUGCAAGUCAGUUCUACGCCCUCAGUGAGAUGAAGGUUAUUGGCAGCUGCAUGUGCCAUGGCCAUGCAAACCGCUGCCUACCAGAUAUCUCUUCCAACCAGCCACGCAGUAUGCAGGUCGGUGCUCAGUGUGAGUGCCACCACAACACAGCAGGGUUGAACUGUGAGCGCUGUGCAGACCUCUACAACGACUUGCCUUGGAGACCGGCGGAAGAAGGAAACACCCACACCUGCAAACGAUGCGAGUGUAACAACCAUGCCCAACGCUGUCAUUUUGACCGUGCUGUGUAUGAGCUGAGCGGACGGAGGAGUGGUGGUGUAUGUGAGGGCUGUAUGCACCAAACCACUGGACCAAAGUGUGACCGCUGUGCUCCAGGAUACCAACCCAACCCCAGGAGCAGCAUGGACCGCCCGGAUGCCUGUAUACGGUGUCAUUGCAGUACAGAGGGGGCAGAGAAUGGCGGUCUGUGUGAUGAUACCAGAGGGUCUUGUCGUUGCAAGGCCAACGUGGAGGGACCACACUGUGACCGCUGUAAGAUGGGCUACUAUGGCCUGACAGCAUCAAACCCGCUGGGCUGCACUAAAUGCUCUUGCUCUAUUGAUGGCUCUCGGUCCACUGUGUGCGACCUCCUGACUGGGCAGUGUCCUUGCCGACCCAACUACCAAGGCUUGACCUGCACCCUGUGUUCCCAGGGUUACUGGAGCUCCUCCUCCUCUGGCGGCUGUGAGCCCUGUCGCUGUAGCCCCACAAACUCUCACGGCAACACUUGUAACGCAGUAACUGGUCAGUGUGAGUGCAGAUCAGGGUUCAGCGGAAGAACCUGUACAGAAUGCCCCGACAACUCUUACGGAGACCCUCUCAUAGGCUGCAAACCAUGUGAAUGUGCUGUUGGUGCAACGGUACAUGGAGGGUGUGACAAGCGUACAGGGGUCUGUCACUGUCGCCUGGGCAUCACAGGUGUCCGCUGCGAUGCCUGCAGCCGUGGUCACUGCAGUAGUUUCCCCACUUGUGAUGUCUGCCCAUCUUGCUUCUUCUCCAUGGACGCCCAGCUCCAGAACCUCACCCUGGGGCUGAUGAAGUUCUCCCACAACUUACCCUCUGUCACCGAAGUUACAGGCCCUUACAAUGUGGGCCCACGUAUUCAAACCCUGGAGACCCGGCUAAUGCAGAUACGUGAUUCCCUGCCUCUCCCGCCUAAUUCUGUUAGCCAGGUCAACCAAGCUCUUUCCCAGCUGGGCAAACUCAGAGACAAGAUGAUACAGGUGGAUGGGAACCUGUUACCCCAGGAUCGAGUGUCCAAUCUGGGCUCGCAACUAGAUGAUCUCCAGGCACUCCUGAACAGUCUCGGCCUGAAGUACAACAUCAAGAAAGACGCAGUCAGAAACACAGUUAGCUCCAACCACGCAGGUGCUAUUGCUGCCAUUAAAAAGGCCUAUGAUGAAUCCAUGGAUGCGGGGAAAAGUAUUGGCACCAGCAGUAAGACAGUCGAGCAGUCAACAGGGGUCAGAGGGGAUGCUCUUGACCUUCAAAACCAGUUUCAACUGGCAAAUAUUAGAGACCUGGAAAAACUGAAAGACAAGUUGGCUACAAAGCCUAACCUCACUCCUGCAGCUAAACAGGUCUGUGGCGGUGACCGCUUGGCUCCCUGCACCCCUCUACAGUGCGUGGGGCAGCUGUGCCCAGCUGAAGGAGCACCCCCAUGUGGCCGUGGGGAGACUUGCGUGGGAGCUCUGCCACUAGGGAACAGAGCUGUGAGUGAUGCAGAGGAGGUAAAGAAGAGGUUGCAGGAACUCAGCAGGAAGAUCACACAGACAGAAGCAAAGAUCCAAGAAACACAAGAUAUGGCCAAUAAGGUGAGGAAGUCAACAGAUGAACUGACGAAUCAGAUGAGGAAGGCUCGGGACGACCUGGAAGGAGAUCUCAGGGAAACAAGUGACUUUGUGAAAGAGCUGAAGGACUUCCUGUCAGACCCGACCUCCAACCUGACCCAUAUUCAGGAGGUGAGUGAGUGGAUCUUGAACGCCAAGCUGCCCUUCAGCCUUGCCGAUCUGAAGAAAAAGCUUCAGAAGUUGAAGGACCUGGCUGCAGGGCUACCAGACAGCACUUCCUUACUGGACCAGACCAUGCCACAGCUAGACACAGCCAGACGGUUGCUAAAGGAGGCCAAGGAUUCCAGGGAUGCAUCAUUGGGGGUGAAGGAUGAGGCUGACAGGUUGUUGGACGGCUUCCGUUCAGUGGAAGGCUCUCUCUCUGGCCUGGAGGACAAACUUCAAGGCAGCAGGGACCUUUUAGAAAACCUACAGAAGAACCUUGUUGAGGCUCAGGCUCAAAUGGACCCAGCGGUUAAGGCCCUGGGAGAGGUGACUGCCCUGAACAAUGGCAUGAAGCCUCAACUAGAGGGGCUCAAGGCACUGCUGAACUCUGGAGGCCAAUUGGCCCAGAAUGCAACAGGAGAGGCUGGGAAAGCCAAGAGAGAAGCAGAUGCUGCAGCUGAGGAUCUGGUGACCCUGGAGAAGCAACUCAAUAAGUUGCAGGCUGCAGCAAAGGCCAACGGGGAUGGUGAUGCGGUGGGGUCAGCAGGCAAUCGUCUCCAGAUGUUGCAGAAAGAGGGUGGGUCCUUGGCCCAGGACACAGGAGACAUGAUGAAGGCUCUUGCAGGCAAAGCCGACUCCUUGCGUGAUCUGCAGAAGCUGGUCCUCCAGAAGUCAGAGAGGCUGAGUGGCCUGGAUGCAAAGCUGCAGGAAAUCUUGGCUUACCUCCGUGAGAAGGUUACCUACCUGUCAUCUUGCCAGGCAUGAGGGGUCAAAAGACACAUCUCAAACACCUACAACAUACUUUCACUGGUUGGCACUGCACUUCACAUAGUUAUCACCAGUGGAAGUUGUAUUACACUGUCAGCCAUAACAAAUUCUCAGUAUUCAAUAGAAACUUUUUUUUUUUUUACCGUAAGAAGGUGGUAAUGUAAUACUUGCAGCCAAUAUUGGGCCAAAUGUGUUCAUCUAAAUUAUUUACAUAUUUAAUUAUAUGAUUUGCAACCUAAUGCUUUUAAUGUGCAUUCCACUUACAUGUACAGAAUUACUGUUCAGCAGUGUUACAAUAUAAUGUUCCUGAUCCUAGAGAUCAUAGUAAAAUAUGCUCAAUUAUACUUUUUACAUUUUUUUAUUAAAAUAAAUAGUUUAUAAUGUUUUGGAUGUUACCAACAAAACCUGUCACGAGGUCAUGGAACCUUCUGGAAAACUUGAAGUUAUCCAUUUAUAUGUAUUUAAUCUUAAGCAUACUAAUUGUCAGCAAUGUAGUGUUAGAACACAUUAUGGCGUGACAUUCCUAGUAACAUUUUAAGUUUAAAGUAAUCAACUGCUGGGUAAAGAUUUGCUAUUCAGAGAGAUGUUGCAUAUUUUUUGUGUGUACUCACAGUAAGCAUAAAACUUUGUCAAAUACCCGCAAGUCUUUUUCUCAAUA